AUGUCCUUUACACCCAAUCCUCAACCUUCAUCCAAUACUUCCCCAACAAACCCCUUGACAUAUCUCCAAAACUUACUAGAUUCACCAUUACGUAUAACAGUCCGAGAUGGACGAGUGUUCACGGGACGAUUACUGUGUGUGGACAAAGGUUGUAAUGUGGUAUUGAUGCCUGCUGAAGAAUUCCUUCCCGAUCCAUCGAGGAUGAUCAGGGGUGAGCGACCGUCUAAAAUCCCACAGAGAUUAGAGAACGGCGAAUUCUUAGACGCCAAGGAAGUUGGGGAGGGAUCUGGAGAGAUAUCGAGCGGUAAGGAUGAGCAGAUUGGAGGGAGAAUGAUAGAGAUGAGGAAAGAGGGUUUCACUCAUGAGGGAGAUGAUGGUGAUGGUGAGACUGGGAGAUGUGAGAAGAAAAUGGAGAAUGAAAAACAGAAGGAAGAGCAAGAGGACGAAGAAUGGGAAGAAAUACAAGAUAUCUGGGAAAUAAGACGUAAGAGGGAAGCUCUAUAUCCUCAUUCAGAACCGUUCGAUGGACCUGAUACAGGUUGGGGAGGAAGAUCGUUGGCUAUGGUUCUUAUACAGGGAGAAGAUGUGGAGAAGAUUGAAUUGAUAGAACAGGAUGGAAGACGUGUGGACGAAAAUGAAUAUAUAUGA